GAGUGGAUAGGCUGCCGCGGGUCGCGUGUGCUUGUAGCAGGUUCCGUUGCGAGGAAGGGGAUUAUAGUGGGGCCGGCCGGAGGUAGAGCGGGGACGCGGGGCGUCCGCCGGGAGCAUGGUGCCCGUGGCGGGGCCGCCGCCGAACCCGUCCUGCCCGCUGUGAUGCCUGAAGCUACUUGGACAGAAUGGAUGUGCCAUCAGAUAAGACUCUUGACCAAGCCUAUUUCUAUGCAUGCCUCAAGUAUGCACUUGUUUUGAUGUGAGUAAGAAAAUAAUAAAUGUAAGAAGUCUGCCAGCAGAAGCUGAUGUGUUCAGGAGCCAGAGUGAAGUAAACCUGGGAGGGCUUCUAGAGUCCAUGAGAAGAAUUGCAUCUUCAGCUGGAUGAGGGCUGGACUGUCCCCUCAUCCCACCUUCGCAUGUCUGGAUGAGGCCCUGUCUUGAGUGCUGGAUCGGGGCUACUGACCAUAUCCACUCGCAGACAGACUGGGCACUGCCCCUCGGGCCCACUGGGCAAAAAGGCCCUUCUCUCUGAAACCAUGCCAGAGAUGACAGAAAAUGAGACUCCUAGUAAGAAACAGCACCGAAAGAAAAACCGGGAAACACACAACGCAGUGGAGAGACAUCGAAAAAAGAAGAUCAAUGCUGGGAUAAAUCGAAUUGGAGAGCUCAUUCCAUGUUCCCCAGCUCUUAAGCAGUUAAAUGCCAGAAGAGGUGUCUCUGAAGGGGCUGUGAUUCAAGACUCCUGGGUUCUAGUCCCUGCUCUGCCACUGACUAGUAAGAACAUGAUACUGGAUCAGGCCUUUAAAUAUAUAACAGAAAUGAAAAGGCAAAAUGAUGAACUCCUGUUAAAUGGAGGGAACAGUGAACAAGCCGAGGAGAUAAAAAAGCUCCGGAAACAGCUAGAUGAGCUCCAAAAGGAAAAUGGGCGAUAUAUAGAACUCCUGAAAGCAAAUGACAUUUGCCUGUAUGAUGAUCCCACAAUCCACUGGAAAGGGAACCUCAAAAAUGCAAAGGUCUCUGUUGUCAUUCCCAGUGAUCAGGUUCAAAAGAACAUCAUUGUCUAUUCGAAUGGGAGUCAGCCCAGUGGAAAUAACCAGGGGACGCCUGUCCAGGGAAUAACUUUCAAUGUUGGGAAUAAUUUACAAAAACAAACAGCAAAUGUUGUACCAGUCCAGAGAACUUGCAACCUAGUGUCUCCUGUGACUAUUUCUGGUAUUUGCCCCACAGAAAACAAGCCAUGGUCUCAAACCACAGUUUCUCCAUUGGCAUCCAAUCAGCCAGUUCCAGCAGGGAAUCUUGUUGAGCUUUCCACCUCAGAUAAUGAGCAGGCCCUUCUUAGUUCAGCUGCUGCCAACUUACAAAAGGCUUCUCGCUCGGGCACAGAACCAGAACUGUAUUGUUCCUCAAGUAACAUGUCACAGAAUGAUCAAAAUGUCCCCCAAGCCAAACAUGGACAAGAAAGUACCAAGUUAACAAAGAAAACAGUCACACCUGGCAUCAUUCUUCCUCCUAAUGCUACAAUUGAGGCAUCUCAAAUUCAACAGGUGAAUGUGUCCUGUUCAAGGUUGCAGGAUUCUAGAAGUGAAUUUCAAGAAAGCUUUGUCGUUUCAGCCACUGCUACCACUUGCACCCCAUCUGUGAGACUCUCCAUCAUGGAUGGCUCCCCAUCAGUAAAUGUUCUCAAAAGUACAGACUUGGGAAGUAGUGCUGGCAUGCCAGUGACUUCUGCAGUAGGAGUGAAGGCUUUAACAACAAUAAGUACGCUUCCUGCCAGUUCCUUAGACAACUGUUGGUCUUUUUCUGGCUCUUCGAGUGUUGGUGCUUCUGACUUGAAAAACAUGAGUAACCUGACAUGGAUCCCUUCAGUUGGAAACACACAGACUACGUGGACUACUUUGCAAUUAGCAGGAAACACUGUUCAGCCACUAAGCCAAACUCCUUCUGGUUUAAUGACUGCAUUAUUAAAUGAGCCAGUAACUAGUGCUCGUUCAGUAUCUUCCACCUCCAAUAGGCAUUUGACUUCAAGCAUGAGUCUGAAUCCUUCUUUGACUGGAGACAGACAGGCAGCUGAACAAAUUGUUGUUACCAUGCCUUCUUGCCCAUCAUUACCUGUGCAGCCAUUAAUCACUCAGCCACAGGUUAAGGCCCAGCCUGCAGGAAAUAUACUUCCAUUGAAUUCAGCUAUGCAGGUAAUUCAGAUGGCUCAACCAGUUGGUGGGUCAGCUGUUACUGCAGCACCAGCUAAUCAAAAUGUCAUAAUUCUCCAGCCACCAAACACUACCCCAUGUCCUCCAAUAGUGAGAGCUGAAGUUUCUAGCCAAACAGUUAGCCAGCAGAUUGUGAUUAUACAAACAGCUAAUCAAAAUCCACUUCCCCUCCUUUCUGCACAAGCCCCUGGUUCUGUCAGAGUUCCUGUGAAUGGACCCAGUUCAAUAACAAACUCUAACAACCUUGUGCAAAAUGCUUCUGCUCCGCAAACAUUUGGAGGGAAGCAUCUUGUCCAUAUAUUACCAAGACCUUCUUCUUUACCAUCUUCUAGCUCUACGCAAACUUUUUCUGUUACCAUGUCAAAUCAACAGCAUCCUCAGACCAUCUCUUUAAAUGGGCAGCUGUUUGCAUUGCAACCUGUAAUGUCCUCAUCUGGAACUUCAAAUCAGACCCCUAUGCAAAUUAUUCAACCUACCACCAGCGAAGAUCCAAAUACUAAUGUUGCCCUCAACACAUUUGGUGCUUUAGCUAACCUCAAUCAAAGUAUAUCACAAAUGGCUGGGCAAAGCUGCUUACAGCUGCCACUCAGUCAGCCUACUAAUCCCACAGCUGCCAGCAGCCAGAUUGCCCCAAUAAACUGUGUGCCACUACCAACUUCUAUAUCUUCCAUAGCUACUGAAAGUUCAACAGUGUUACCCAGUGCUUCUCAUUCAGUAAGCACUUCCCCCAAAAAACCUGCUAGUGUGCCAUCUAAUGUAAAAUCAAAAAGGACAAAUAAAAAACAGAGUACAAAAAAACAUUUAAUAUCCAUUAGCAAAAAUUCAUGUCCAGCAGUUCCUUGCAGAGAUGUAGGGAAGCUUGAUUGCACUAAUGUGGAAGGUACAGACCAGUGUUCAAAUAGUGAAGGGCUGCUUAAAAAUAAACCUGUGCUAUCACAAACCUUAGAUGUAUCACAAGCAAAAAGUAUGGCAGCACCAAGUCCUGUAAGCAUUUCUGAUGACUGUUCCAAAGAAGCUCAUAAUUCUGAACAGAUGAUGGGAUCUGGCCAUUUGCCAGAGCCAAGCUCAACAGAGAUUCCUACUUCUUCACCACUGAAAUCAGUGAUGUCAGAACAAUUUGCAUUGGUUCAGUCAAGUUCCAAAAAUUCCAUCCCUCAACAAGCAUGGAAGCCUCAAAAUAAUCCACUGCCCAACUCUGCAUUGCUGGAAUUGUCCAAAUCCAAUGCAACUCCUACUGUCUCAAUGUCUUCUCCUUGUGAAGCACAUGUAACAAUUUCUCAGAUUCCUGAGACACCAAGAGCACAAAGUAGUGCAACAAACCAUCCUUCUGAGACAGAAGCCAUUUCAGAGACCUGCAGCAUAGGGCAGAAUUCUUCAAUUGGAGUGCAAGGCACAGAUUUGUUAGAGGGACACGGUCUAACUAAAAUGUUGUCUGACCUUACUAAAGAAAGAACAGCUGGACAAAAAACCUCCUUUGCAGUUCAUGUUGAACAUUCUAAUUUUCCCACAGAAAACUCCAAAACAAUAGAAGCAAAUGUUAGUUUGCCUGAGAAGCAGGAACUCUUGCUAAUGAACACAGAAGGUGAUACUCUCACACAGCACCAUUCUUGCAUUUCUGACCAAGAGGUGGUUAAUAGUUCUCUUAUUGCUAGCAGACAGGCAGACUCUCCAAUGUCAACUAGCUCUGGGAGCAGUCAUAGCUUCUCAGUUGCAUCCAUGUUGCCAGACACAUCUAAGGAAGAUGUUACCAGCAGCACGUCUACAAAUACAUAUAGCAGCUGCACAUUUUCAGAGCAAACUGACAUAGUAGCUCUUGCAGCAAGAGCUAUUUUUGACCAAGAGAACCUUGAGAAAGGUGGAGGGGGAGUACAAGUUAAUAUAAGGGAUAAGUCUGCUGAAAUUGCACCUUUGGAGAGAGAGCAGCAGUCUUUUAAACUACAACCACCUAAGGAGAACAGUGCAGGACAGUUGGAAAUAUCACCCAGCAAAUUCAGUGCUCAGGAUUCAGUGCAAACAAAUAUUGAAAGACCAGCUGAAAAACCAAGCUGUUCUGUAGGGGUAGAAAUAUCCAACACUUUACAGAUUUCAACAUCCCACUCACCAAGCGUAACUAGCUUAAGUGUAAAUAAUCUUAUACAUCAAAGCUGCAUAAUACAUCCUCUUGUGAGUUGCUCAGGUUUAUCCCAGCCCUCAGAGCAAACACCUGUUCCUGCAACUGUGAAUCUUUCCAUAUCCUCUAGUUCCUAUGUCAGUCCAUCUCCAGGACCAGCUAUGGUGACUGAAUAUGCUCAAGAACAACUGAAUGCUAUUAGGGCAAACCCCAUGCAAGCAUCCCAGAUACAAGAACCACACUUAAAGCAGCAAGCCCAUGAAAGUCUCAAGGAUGCAGCUAAGCGUGCUGUGCAAGAUGACUUUCUGCUUUCUACAGCAAAGAGGCAAAAGCAGUGUCAGACGACACCUAUCAGGCUGGAAGGCAUGGUCUUGAUGAACCGAACAUCAGAUGGUAUAGCUGAUCAAAGUCAAAUGCUGGUUAGUCAAAUGCCUCCCAGUUCAUCCAAUCCAGUUGUGUCAGUGAGCAAUCAAGGGCACACUGAUGGCCUUAAUAGAUUAUUCCCAUCUGCCAACAGUUUUGUAACAACUGUAAGGCAAACUGAAGUUCAAUGCAGUUCUCAGCCUUCAAUAUCAGAGCAGCAAAGCCAAACAGGAGGUCAACAUCUGCAGUCCAUUCAGCAUGUUCCUGCCCCAGGCAUAUCGCAUAUUCAUAAUAAUCACCCAUACUUAAAACAGCAGCAGGCUGGACAACUGAGAGAGAGACAUCACUUGUACCAGAUGCAGCAUCACAUUCCUCAUGCAGAGAGUUCAGUUCAUUUGCAACCCCAUAGUGUCCACCAACAAAGAACAAUUCAACAGGAGGUGCAAAUGCAAAAGAAACGAAGCCUUGUACAAGGAACCCAAACCACUCAACUUUCUUUGCAGCAGAAGCACCAUGGUAGUGAUCAAAGUCGGCAAAAAAAUGGUCAGCCACAUCCACACCACCAGCAAAUGCAGCAGCAAUUGCAGCAACACUUUGGAAAUUCUCACCCUGAAAAGAACUGUGAAAACCCUGCAACAAGCAGAAACCAUCAUAAUCAUCCUCAGAGCCAUAUAAAUCAGGAUAUUCUGCAUCAGCAACAAGAUGUUGGCAACAGACAGCAAGCCUCAGGAGUUUCCUCUGAACAUGUAUCAGGGCAUAACCAGAUGCAGAGACUUAUGACCUCAAGAGGUUUGGAGCAGCAAAUGGUGUCCCAGCCGAGUGCUGUAACUAGGCCAUCGGAUAUGACCUGUGCCCCACACAGGCAGGAAAGAAACAGAGUUUCUAGUUACUCUGCAGAGGCACUGAUUGGAAAGACACCGUCUAACUCUGAACAGAGAAUAGGUAUGCCUCUUCAAGGCCCUAGGGUUUCAGACCAACUUGAAAUGAGAAGUUACCUUGAUGUCUCUAGGAAUAAAGGCGUGGUAAUUCAUAACAUGCAGGGUCGUAUAUCCAUAGACCAUGUAGUUGGUUCAGAUGUGCAGCGGCUUUCUGAUUGUCAGCCAUUUAAGCCAGGUGGAGCUAGCCAGCAAUCAGCAGGCAAUUUUGAUGUGCAGGCCUCAAGAAAUAGUGACAUUGGUAAUUCUGUGUCAUCCCUCAGAGGCAUGCAGUCACAAGUUUUUCGAAUUAGUCAAAAUACUGUGCAACCCAUAGAGAGGCAAAAGAGAUUGCCUUAUCAGCCAGUUCAGGGUAUUCCAACUGGAAAUGCUCUUCUACCACGGGACAAUGAAAACACAUGCCACCAAAGUUUUAUGCAGAGUUUACUUGCCCCUCAUCUUGGAGAUCAAGUUACUGGAAGCCAAAGAUCAAUUUCAGAACAUCAAAGGAAUACACAGUGUGGUGCAUCUUCCACCAUUGAAUAUAAUUGUCCCCCCACACGAGAGAGUGUUCACAUCCGAAGAGAUGGUGAAGCUCAGAAUAGGGAAAGCUGUGACUUGUCUAUGGGUACAAUUAAUACUAGGAACAAUUCUUUAAAUAUUCCUUUUUCAAGUUCUUCUUCCUCGGGAGAUAUUCAGGGUCGAAACACAAGCCCAAAUAUUUCUGUACAGAAGUCCAACCCCAUGAGAAUGACUGACAGUCAUGGAACCAAGAGCCACAUGAAUACGCCUGUUUCUAGUAACCUGCAUGGGGUUGUCCGGCCAGCUCUCCCUCACCCUGCAGUCUCUCAUGGAAAUGCAGAGCAAGGGCAGCCACCUGUUCGUCAACCAAAUUCUUCUGUCACUCAGCGAUCCAGGCAUCCUCUGCAUGAUAAUAAUGGUUCUAAAAUCCGCCAGCCAGAAAGGAACCGAUCUGGAAAUCAAAGACAUGGAAAUGUCUUUGACCCUAGUCUUCCCCAUCUUCCUCUGUCUACCAGUGGUAGUAUGAUACUUGGGCGCCAACAAUCUACAGUAGAAAAAAGAGGCAGCAUUGUCCGUUUUAUGUCGGAUAGCCCACAAGUGUCUAAUGAUAAUGCAGUCCCUGAUCAGCAUACUCUCUCUCAAAAUUUUGGGUUCCCUUUUAUUCCAGAAGGUGGUAUGAAUCCACCAAUAAAUGCCAAUACAUCUUUCAUUCCACCAGUUACUCAGCCCAGUGCCACUCGAACACCAGCCCUUAUCCCAGUAGAUCCUCAGAAUACACUGCCAUCAUUCUACCCACCUUAUUCUCCUGCCCAUCCCACUCUGUCAAAUGACAUUUCCAUCCCCUACUUUCCCAAUCAAAUGUUUCCUAAUCCAAGCACAGAUAAGUCUAGUAGUGGAGGUUUAAACAAUCGAUUUGGGUCCAUUUUGUCUCCUCCCAGACCUGUUGGUUUUGCUCAGCCAAGUUUUCCUCUUCUCCCAGAUAUGCCACCAAUGCACAUGACCAACACUUCACACUUAUCCAAUUUUAACUUGACAUCUUUAUUUCCAGAAAUAGCCACAGCUCUUCCUCCAGAUGGUUCAGCAAUGUCACCUUUGCUUUCAAUAGCAAACACAUCGGCUUCAGAUUCUUCCAAACAAUCUUCAAACCGACCGGCCCAUAAUAUAAGCCAUAUUCUAGGUCAUGAUUGCAGUUCAGCUGUAUGAAAACUAAUAGGCUGACAUGGAGUCUGAUGAGUUGUUUAUAGAUAAAUAUAGAUCUUAGCUGGCAUCUCUGAAGAGACAUUCAUAGCAACACUGUUUGUAUAAAAUGAUGUGUGUACCUGAGUGCUUACUUAUGUACAUACUGUAUAUCAACUGACUUUCAAGUACCAGUGCCUAUAAUGCUUACUAGUAACAGUAAGAGUGCACAGCCUAGAGCUAUGAAGGUAUUGAUUGUUGAUUUUGCAACAUUCAAUAAUCUGAUUGAUUGUCCUGAGCUAACUGCCACCCUCAGUGCUUGGAUCUAAAGCAUCAAGUAAAAUUUCAAUUUUGUGGGAGAUGGGAUUGAAGGAAACAAAUGUUUUGGAUUUUAUUUUAAUGUUUGGUUAAUUUGCCCAGAAGGUACAGUGAAAUAUAUAUAUUUUCUUUUUUGGUAAGUUUAUUUCAGAGCCUUGCACACAAGUCAACUUGGUGUUAAUUUAGACACCUUUGUAGGCUUUCUUACCUGGUAGAAUUUGUCACAUGUGCUCUACUCAAGGCUGACUUUUAUUCAGGAAAACCCAUUGUGUGUGUUUUUGGCUUCAGCAGCUAAAAAAAAAUUAAAAUACUCAAAUUCCCUUAAAAUAUGACGAUGUCUUUUUCCGAAGAGAAAAUUUUAAUUCAGAUUUGUAACUGGUUCCUGCUGCACUGUGUGUUGCAUUGUUAGUGUAAUUUAUUACUCCUUUUAGUGAUAUCAACAUAGAUGCAGCAGUCCUCUUUGUUGUCAUCUGUUUAUUGUUAGUAUGCUGCAAGUUACCUCAGGUAUAUCUUUCCUAUACCUUGUUUAGCACCUUCAAAAUGAAUCUGUCUUUCUUUCUCUCUCUCCAUUUUUUUUUUCAAAUCCAUGUCUUCACAUCUAUGCUUUCAUUCCUCCUUUCUUUGGAUUAAGGCCCUUUCCUGUAAUUGAUAGCAAGUGGGCAGACUACUGUGCCUAAGUGGAACCCCACUGAAAUUAAUGGGGCUCUUUGGAGGUACAGCAGUCUGCCUACUCUGUGUCAUUGCAGGAUGAGGAUCCUAAAUAAACGUUAAUUCUUUGCACUUAUACAGCACCUUUUAUCUAAGCCAGUGUGACUGUGGAUAUAUUAGUGUGUCAGGAUUUAAGCUCAUGGUAUAUUGGGAACUGCUUAGUAAUAUGAGCGUGGUAAUGUGUGUGGUGUUGGGGGAGAGAAUGUUAAGUAAGAUUUUUAAUUGUCUGUAAUACUUUUGCAAAAUUUUGGUCCCAUGGUUUUAAACGAAAAUAAGGGAGGAACUAGGUAAGUGAUAUUUAUUUAGUGACUUCUGUAAAAUUGUUGUCUUAAGUAAGGUAGAUAUUCUUUGUUAUGCAUCUGAAAAUGAUCACGCAAGACUUUUUCUUAAGAUCAGAAAUAGUAACUAUUAGUUUUGCUUCUAAACAAACCCCUUCCCCUCUUUCCUUUACAGUGUAGUAGAGAGGAUUAACAGCCAGAGUUGCUCUGAGGCAUCCUUUCCAUGCAGGGAAAAUUCAAAGCCAUUAAAUGCUUCAAAUGCCUGCUUGUUGUAGCAUGAUUUAAUCCAGUUGCUGCUGUCAAAUCUCUGUGGGGUGAGGAGAACCAUGUAACGCCUCAUUGUAUCUGUGAAUCAUCACAGUGGGCAUGUCUACGUGAGCUAGGAUGCUGUAGCUCAUCACUACAGCGAUGUAGCACUGAUGGGCAUGAACCAUGACACUGAUGCUAUUGUGCGGUAGCAACAACCUACUGUGCAAUAGGGCCGGAAAUGACCUAUGUGCCACUGAGGCUGCGCAGUAAUAACUGCGCAGUCUGGUGCAUGUGUAGAUGUGCGGAGUCUAGCUCAUCUCUCUGGUAGAUGUGAUUGAAAAAUGGAGUUUUCCUAUUUUUCACCCCCUCUCUAUGCCCACACUGAUGUAGCCAGAAUUUUGUCUAUAGAUUGAGGGCUGGAUUCUUAUUUGGAGUAGGACUCAUACUGCUCUGGCAGUGGAUGGAUGUCUGUUUUUAUAAUAUGCCUGAGGAUGUCUCCAUUUUUAAUGUUGCUUCAGCUUGCAAAUCAAAGGGAAGUGGUACUGUCUGAAACUGGAAAUUCAAUUCCAACCAAGAUAGGGAGCAUACUUAGGACACUAACUGUAUUGAUGCUUUAUGUCUCUAUAUUUAAAAUUAAGCACCUGUUUACUCUCUUUAGUUUAACUUGAAAACAGAACAAUCCACAAUUGUCAGUGCCACAGUUUGAGGUUACCAUUCUAACCAAGAACCAUAGGGGUAGAAAUUAGCAUAAUGUUUUAGGUCUCUGAUGGAGUGCAUCUUCCAAGUCAUGGGGAGAGCGCCCACAGUUGAAUCCCUCCAUCACCACAUAUGCAGGCUGGUUGGAAGUCACACCUGGCCUGCAGGCCAUAGGUUGCUGACCCUUGUUUUAUGCCUGUGUAGUUUUCAUAAAGCACAACUGUUCUGAUUUGGUAUCAUUUUAUGUUAGAAAGCGUAUAUGACUGCUAAAGAAACAAUGCUGUGGAAAAUCAGAUCCACAGUUAAUAAAAUUAGACUGAAUUUAAAAAGUUCCUAAAUACUGCUUUAUUUCUUCUCAUACUUUCAGGCAUCCAUAUAGAACUACACAGCUGUUAAUACUCAGCUGCUUUAAGCUCUUUGAAAAUUAGAGAGAACUUGUGAACUUUGUGGAAUAGAUUCUUUCUUUGCAUAAUUUUAUUGGCUUUAUUGGUCUUACACCCAGAUUAAAUUUUGUUGUAUGUGUUUGCCACUGGGGAUACAGGGCUAAUAUAUAAAUAUAUAUAUAGUGAUGCUUCAUUUUAACCAUGGAAAAAUGUGGAUUUGGAGUUACUUUUUUUAACCGAAAAAAAAAUUUUUUUUUAAUCAGACAAAGCCAGGAUCCCUGGUAAUUCUCAUGUUACAUAUAGUAUUAACCAAAUGACUUUUAUAGAAACAACUUAUUAAGUGCAGAAAGAGGGCUUUCCUUCCAUUCUGCCCCACUUAGUUGUGAUAAUUUUUAUUGAACUCCAACCAAAUUCCAUUGCAGGUUUUUUAUACUGUGUUAUAUUAUAUUAAACGUUAAAAGUAGUUAAAUGAUUUGUUAACCAGUCCUGAUUACUUUAUUAAAAUUGACAUAGCAAUUUGUCUAGGAUUAGGAUGAGUACUGUGCAAAGAUGUGGUGAGGAGCAUAAAAAACUCUAGAGAGCUUAAAAAUGAACCACCUCCUUUUUUGAGGCAUAUAAUGAAUGCUGUUUUGGCAUGUGUUGCACUCCAUUUUUUUUCUGGGGGGGAACAGUUCUGCCACUUGAGUGCAAAGUAAUAACUUCUUUUUCUUCCAUGUUUCCCUCUUAGACUGCUCACAAUUUUCACUUCAAGAUACAGCCUUGCAGCUGUAUUUCUGUGGAAGGAAACAGUGACCUCCAGUUGCCAGCUAAAUGACUACAAAAUAUAUAUUCUUUAUGGAUGCCUGAAUUAGAGACUUAUUGUCCACCAUAUCUACUUAAAAGGCAGCAAUCCAGAAUUCAAAAUUAUCUACUUCCAUACAGCUUGUGUUUUGCUGUUAUCUAGUAUUCUGUAAGAAUAAGAAAUGAAAUAAAAACACUAAUAGGUUAAACUGUAUUUUUAUUUGCUUCAAAACUGCAGCAGUGGAACUCCACAGUCCUCAAUGAAGUUACUCAACCUUUAUAUUAUUGUAAUGCAGGGAAAAAUAUAUUCCUAGUUUGUAAAUGAGUUAACAAGACUUGUCUGUACUUAAGUCUGGUCUUUUGGGCAAGCUGCCAAGUGCUCAAUCUCCUUAGGUAUCUGUUUUGGUAAUAGCUAGGACGGGUACAAACUUUAAUGUUGUAUUGUCCCAAGAUUGGAAUUGUAUGAAUGAAAGCAUUUCUUUUCCUACUGCAUUAAGACGUGUAUAUGCAUUUUGUGUGUGCAUGUAUAGAUUCACACAAACAUACUAAAUACAUAUUAGUAUGUGCAUGUGUGUAGAUAUGAAGUAAAUGUUAACUUUCCAAUUUGUAUAACUGUGAGCAGCCAUUCCUCAAUGCCUAUUAGUAGUAUAAGACAGUACUAAUUAACUCAGUGUUGCACUGGUUUUUGACAGUCACUCCCAGGGUUAAUAAAUUACAUUACUGAUAAAUGGGAAUGUAGUCUCCUUGCUGUGAGGUUGUGAUGUUAAUUAAACUCCCUAACCCUAAUGUGUGCCCUAAGUCUCUGCAGCGGUCUAAGAGCAAGCAGGUGUCUUGUUAUAGGUAUCUACUUUUCAUUUUAAUUAAUUUAUUUCUGAUAUAUAGGGCUAGUAAUUUUCUUACAGGUUUCACAGUUUCUUGGGUGUUUGUGGGGAAAAAUGAUAUGAGAGCAGUAACUGAGACAGUGGAGAAAUGCAGAGAAAGAGAAAGCAGUCAUAUCUCUUCUUCAUUCCUUUCUAAGGUGGUUGGACUGCAGAGAGAUUUAAAUGUUGUUAAAAAGCUUUAAAUAGUUUGUAUUACAAAAUUAAGGUUAGUUUAAUUGAAAAGGGAAAGAAUGACCUUGAAGUCCCUUUUACUAUAAAUUACUUACCUUUUGCUUUUUUCCCAGUGACCAUACUGUGCCUGAGAAACACUAGCCGUACCAAUGAGUGCAAUGUUUUUGCUGUCCUAAUGUGAGAUAGUAUGCCUCAUUGUAGUUAGGUAAAGGUAUAUCUUUUCCCAUCUCUUUUACAAUUAGGUCACAGAUGAUAAUAAGAUAAAAAUUUCAAUUACCAGUUUAUAUUUUAGUGGUGAUCCUGAUUCUUGCCUGCCACAUCUUGAUAGAAAUAAAAAGCUUUUCGUUAGGAGGGAGGGAUUUGAACACCACUAUAUAACCUGAAUAUGUUACUUUAUCUUGUAGCACAGAACUCUUGAAUGUUCCUCCAAGUCUAUGGAAAUUCAGCAAUUCUUAUUGUAAAAACUCACAACGAUCAAUUUUUUCUCUUUUAACUGUCUUUUAUUAUUCAAAUUACAUAACAAAAAUUAUUAACAUCUUCAAGAGAAAAUUGGAUGCUUGUCUUGCUGGGAUCCUAUGACCCCAGCUGACUUCCUGCCUUUCGGGCGGGGGGCUGGACUCGAUGAUCUUCCGAGGUCCCUUCCAACCCUAAUGUCUAUGAAAUCUAUGUUUUCUUAAAUAGUUUGGAUUUUUCUUCUCCAAUUCCUAACAGACAACUUCUUCAGACUCUGGCAAUUACAACGUUCAGUCUUAGAAAAAAUUAAAAUAAAUAAAACAGAAAAAAAACCCUUUUGAGAUGAGGUUGCUCAGUACCCUCAUCUCUUUUAAGGAUACGUCUAUAAAAUAACAAAAGUCUUUCUGAUGUCUCUCCCGACUGUCUGCAUCGGGGUUUCAAUUUUUAGAGUCUGCAGUCCUUACUACUCUCCAACUCACUUUUGUUUCUUUUUGUUUUUUUAACAUAAAAACGUAAAGGAGAAUUUUUACUUGUUUCUGCAAGGCUUUCAGGUUCUCCAUCUAUUUAACUGGUUUCUGUACCUCAUUUACAUCAACGGAUCUUCAGCUGGAGUCUCUCUCUCUCUGGCUUGUAAGACUCUUCUUAGUCUCUUGAUUUACUGUCUGUUGUCUCUCCAUCGCUCCAAGCAACCCAUACUCCCGCUUGGGCUCCCCCCUGUGUUGCGUCACACUUCUCUCCCUCAUCCAGGUCUCUUCUUGUCCCCGCCUCUCUCUGGGGCUGUUCCAGCUUCAUGGAGCAGUAACUCUGGAAGCACGGCUCCUGUUUCUUUUCCUUCCCUGGCUCCUGCCCACCCUCAGGCAGUAUCAGAAUAGUCUUCUCUUCCUCAUACCUAAAUUGAAUCCAGGAAGUGUCUUUGUUUUGGGGAGACCAUGUCAGCUGCUGCCCAAGUGGGGAGAAGUGUUUCAGUGCAUUGUGUAUGGGCAGGUAGAAAGACUUAGCAUCUGAAGUACUUCCAGUGGUACCAGGCAUUUGUUUCUUCUGUCACUGAAGUUUUUAUAAUAGAUUUCUGGUUGAUGGGAAAGCUUUGAUGCAAAGCUAGUUGUCUUUAUAAGAUUUCUGGAAAAUUUCAUUGGGAAAAAGGGCUUGUCUAACCUAUCAAUUAAUUUGGUUUUUAGAAUUAUUAUAUACCUUCUUUGGAGAGAGAAGUCCAGAAGUUCAGAGGUGGCAUGCAAAUUGAUGCAAGUUCAUUGUGUUUGAUUAAAAUAUAAAUAGGGUUUUCCUUGGAUGUUCUCCCUAUCAGAUAUCUGUUGGCAUCUGUUUCUGUUACAGAUCAGCUGAAAAUUAAAAAGGCAGAGUAUAUUAUAAAAAUAAUUAAAAAUAUUAUUUUCCAUCAAAAAUAGUUGAUGAUAAUCCUAGAAAGUAAUUUACUCUUGUUCAUUUGUGAGUACUAUUUUGUUAUUGAAGGUUGCUAAUCUGUGGCUUUGCUUGCCUUUUUUUAAUUGAAGGGAAAAGAUAUGAAAAAAACUACAUGCAAAAUGACCUGGGUUUUGCAAAGAAAAGGGUAAGAACAUAGAUAUAAUUCUGAGUCUAUCAACCUAUAAAAUAUUGCUCCAUGCAACUGUGAUGGUAUUGCUAUAGCUAGCAAGCACCGUGUAUUUCUGUAGCUUUGAGCUUUCUCCAGAUGAGUUCUACAAACUCAGUGUAAGUAGACUCAAGAAGUAAAUUUGCAUAUAUUUUAGUGUAACAUUUUGAUAUUUUCUUGGAGGGGUUUAGGAGAAUAAGAGCAGGAGCAACCUGAAGCAAUAAGUUAGAUGUUAAUGCUUUACACUUAUAAAACAGUUUUCAUCAGAAGAAUUUAGUUCCAAGAAUGGAAUUCUGCUCAUUUUUUUGGGUGCCCAGACAAUGUUUUAGUCAUGUACAUUGUUGUCCAAGUCCCCAAAAUGCCAUUAACACACUGGUUGACAUUCUAGUCCUGCACACAUAGCCGUGCUCAUACAAACAGCUAUAUAUGCACCUAGUAGUAGAACGUUAACCUGUGCUUAAAUGGCAUCUUGGGCACUUAGGCAAUCAUAUAAAUGACCAGAUCUGGUCAUUUAGGUGUCCAAAAAAGAACUGAAUGCCAGCCAAAGAGUUUUACAAAGAUGUGCAAACAUUUCUGUUUUUAGUAGCUAGGGAAACUCAAACACAGAGAAGAGAAGUGAUUCGUUCAAGGUCACAGAACCAGAUUGUAACCCAAGUCUUUCAACUCAUGUUCCUUAUUCCAACAUUAGACUGCUGUCUAUGUAAAAUAGCAUCUCUCUGCAAAGUGCUAUGCUAGUCUGAAUAGAGAGCCUUCUAAAUUUUGCCCAGACUUCCUUACUACACAUUACAAGUGUGCAGUUACUGCCAUGUGAGGGGACUUAUCCAGUUGAAAGCAAGUGGUCUAGCAUGGGUUUGCAGUCAGUGGAGCGACUGCAACAUACACGUAGGGAAAAGAAGUCAAAUUGUUAUUUCUGACUUACUAUUGUUUUUAAAUAUUAUGAGCUGUUUAUGACUCUGGUUCAGCUUGCCACAGGCUUUUCUUCGUAAAUUCUUUGUAAAAGCUACUAUCAACCAAUUGUAUUUUUUAAGAGCUGUGAUCUUUUCUCCCCUUUGGAGAUCUCCCAUUAAUAGUAACUGUACUUUAGCUAAGGAAGAUUACAUGGAAGAAGUACAGAAGUCAGAUUUUUUUAAUACCAAAAUGCUCUUAUGUUUUAGCUUCAACUGCUAUUUUGGGCUCCAUUCAUUGCUUUUGUCUUUGAUUUUCUGAUAUUUUUACACUGGUCCAGCUUUGCCACUUGGUCCAUAUGUGCUAGUGCACACAGGACCCCAACCAGUCACAACUGUUAUUUUAUGCUGCAUUAAAGCAGGUCCACACAACACAGACCUUAGAAUGACAGCAACUGCCUGUACCCUGUCAAAACUCCCAUGUCCACUAAUUUUAAUAACAUUGAAGACUGAAUCCAUUAUAACAGCAUUUGAAAACUUUAGCAAAAAUGUCCUGGUGUAAACAAGGCCAUUGUGUUACAAAACCAUUUUCUCUCCAUGUUAACAAUUACUUUAAAUACACAGCUUCUUAUUAAGCACUGCUAUUUUUUUCAGAUAUCCACUUUUCCUUAGAUAAAGUGAAAACAGUAGGGCAACACUUUUUACUCUAAACUAGCUAAAUGUUUGUGUGUAAAUCUAUUUUACAUAAAAGAACUUAGUAUAAGCUUUCAACUCAACUUUUAACUAUGCUAACCACUUUUCUGCUGAUCAUAAACAUGGGCAUAACUAAAAUGGAAAUGUAUUGUACUCAUUUCCUUAUUCUCACACAGUAAGAGGGAAAGCCAAUAAGAAUGUCACUAUAAGCAGUUAAUCUAAGAUGCUGUUCCUCUCCAAAAUGUAAUAUUUUUUUAUUUAUAUUCAGUUUAGGAUCUUUUAGUGUACUCCUUUUGCUAUAUCUGCAAAUCUCCUGGAUGCAGUCCCAAUGGAACUCUUAGUUACUGUUUUGUAAUGGAUAAAGUAAAAUGUGUAAUAAGCAUAAUCAAGAAUGUCAUCUUGCAAUUGCGAAUAAGAUCUUGUUCUGUUUAUUUUGACAUUUUUAUGAAUGUGUUGCAUUCAGAUGUAAAUAUCCCAAACCACAAUCUUAUUCAAACUUUGGAAAUUUCUACUGUUAAAUGUAACACUUUGUUUAAUGGUUGUAAUAUCUAUUUAUAUAGAUAUGAGCAUCAUAGUAUUUUAUUAAAAAAAUACUGUUUUUGUGCUGUGUGGGUUUUUUUUUAACUAUGUAUAUAAUUUUCAA